UGCUGGCUCACUGUGGGCAGCCUCCCGAAGUUCCAGGCACCAUCUCCUGUUCGGUGACAAGAUACUGCUUUCCAACCAGGGGUGACAAAUAAAGUCAAACAAUAAUAUUCGGUUGCACGCACGGCUGCAUUCCUAACACUCACUUACAGAGAAAUCAAUGUGUAUAAAUGACUCAGCACUUACAGUGUACUGGGCCUUUCCACAAGUCAAUAAAUCUAAUCCCCACAAUCCUGUGUUAGACCUUAGCACUAUGGUACAUGUAUAUGUGAGUAUUUACUUAAGACAUGCAGACAGCUGUCCCUACGUGUGCUAAUAUUCACUUUAUUCACCUGCCAUUAAGACCAGCCUUCAGAGCCAAAUUACAAAGUAAGAAUUUAUUUGUAAGGUGCACCAAGCACUGUUCUAGGUGCUUUUUAAAAUUAUUGAAUCCCAGCAGCAACCUUGUUUUAAAUUAAUAGAUUAUUAUGUAAAGUCAAAACUGCCUUCUUUCCAAGGUUGGGGAUGGAGGCCGGGAGCAUAACCCAUCAGUGAGAAAAUCAACGCUUCUACUGUUCCCUUCCCCACUGGGGAGAGAAAGGAAAGAGCAACAUGGUAGAGUCUCUGUCAUUUACCUUAGUUGGGGCAGAUGGUUCUUACUUUGGCAGAGUAUAAUACUGAUCUUUGGAGGCACAACACUAGCCCCAGAGCCUAGGAGGGCAAGAGAGCUAAACUGCUCUGCAAAAUAGAAAAGAGUAGAUGAGAGCUAGGAAUUAGAAAGCGUAAGAAACACGGAGGGAGACCGGGAGCAAGUCGGUGUAGUGAUGUAAAACCAUUCAAUGUUUUGUAGCCUCAGUAAAACCUGCUCCUACACAAGGCCUUGAGUGAUGGAUUCGGGAAAGAAAAUGACAGUAAAGGGGUUCAUUUCCCUGUCUGAUUGGCAUAGAGCCAAAAGAAGAAGAGCAACAAUAGUGGGUGACACCCAAGGGAGAUGGGGUGUUCUUUGGAAGCUGGAGUUCUGUGCCAGGCGUGAUGAAUAAUAACACAGCCUAUCUACUAUACAAUGAUGGGGUCCCUACCUCUGUGAAUUAUUACAGCAGAAAAUAUGGACACACUAAAGGCUUACUGCUGUGGAACAGAGUCCAGGGAAUCUGGCUGAUUCAUUCUAUUCCCCAGUUUCCUCCAACUCCUGAAGAAGGCUAUGAUUAUCCACCCACAGGAAGAAGACAUGGACAAACUGGCAUCUGCAUAACUUUUAAGUAUAACCAGUAUGAAGCAAUAGAUUCUCAGCUCUUGGUCUAUAACCCAAACAUUUAUAGCUGUUCCAUCCCAGCCAUCUUUCACCAGGAGCUCGUUCACAUGCCUCAGCUGUGCACUGGGUCCAGCUCAUCAGAGAUCCCUAGCCGGCACCUCACUGCACUUCAGUCAGCCCGGGGCCAAAAAUUCCUCCAUUUUGCAAAGUCUGAUUUUUUCCUUGAUGACAUCUUUGCAGCCUGGAUGGCUCAACAUUUGAAGACACACUUGCUAGCAGAAACCUGGCAGCGAAAGAGACAAGAGCUUCCUUCAAACUGCUCCCUUCCUUACCAUGUCUACAAUGUCAAAGCAAUUAAGAUAUCUGGACAGUCUUAUUUCAGUUCUUACCAGGAUCAUGCCAAAUGGUGUGUUUCCCAAAAGAGGACCAAAAAUCGCUGGACCUGUAUUGGAGACCUAAAUCGGACCCCAUACCAAGCCUUCAGAAGUGGAGGAUUCAUUUGUACCCAGAAUCAGCAUAUUUACCGCGCAUUUCAAGGCCUGGUUUUAUAUUACGAGCACUGUAACUAAACUUGGUGAAAGGACAUAUUUUCAAAGCUGACAAUGGAUCUUCUUCCGUCAGAUCCAUUCUUUAUAUAUUAAAAGCCUAUGAAUGUAGUUAUACUCCACACAUCAUCAAAUAAAAUGCUUUUCUACCAUGUUUACCAUUUUA